CGAUAUCAAAUCGAAGAAACAUGAUUCACAUUGAUUGAUUCUUGAAUACUUAUAUAUUGGUCAGCUAUUAAUCUAUCAUAAUCAGUAUUUGAAGAUGAUUUUACUUGAGUGAUUUGGUGUGCUGCUUUUUUCAUCACACGGAGGCUGUGUCUCGAUAAUCAUAAAUUCACUACUGAAGACCUCGAGGACUUCGACCUUGCUACAGUAUGAACCUCAACCAUACCACAAUUUGCAAACAAAGAUCAACCCUAUAAUAAACACAGAUUCCAUACCAGAUUCUCAUUAUCUACAGUGAUAUAGUGAUAUAUAAUCACUGUGCAAUUUUGUUUAAUCUCCCGCAGAAACCUUCUCGAGCAUCCCUUGAUUCCAGGUUGUGGUCUCCCCGAUUCGAUUCAAUCAUGUCUCUGCCACCAUCAAUUAUUCAUAUCAAGAGGAAAGCCACAGAUUUACCUCAAGAUUUUCUUCGUGUGGAUGAUGCCGUUACAAAACGACAACGUCGGACCACCGAUUUUGUUUACUCGAGACAACAAACUCCACAAGCCGAUACUACCCCCUCUACUCCUCAAUCAGCUCCACCGGGAAGACGCAUCAAACCUCUACAUCGUUCCACAAGCUCUCGGUCUUUAACUGUCAAAAAACAAGGGAAAAGUGAAGGAACUGUCCAAUCAAUAAAUGAAGUCAACAAAGAGGAUCACGAAGUCAAUACCCAACUUCCGACUGCCAACGUUCCUACAAGACAAGAUGAUGAAGUAGAUCAUGCUUCAAGCAGCACACAACCUUCAAGUAGUGAGCGCCAGUUAAAUAUCGGAAGUACGAACAAAGCAGUUCAACAGAGACGAUUCCAUCUUUCGAGAAGUGUAACACCUUCUAUUUCUCCAGGCCCAAGUACUGGAGUACGAAAGCGCAAUGCCACAGUGUUCAUUGAGCGUCGCGUGCGACAAAAGACCCAGGAGGAGAAGUGGACAUCUGUAGCCAACGCUGCUAUAAAAUCGGAGAAUGUUGCUACCCAGAAACAAGACCAAGAAGAAAAACCACAGAAAAAGCCAGGCCGAGGAUCGAGAGUGCAAGUAGCACCUCCAAAAGAGACGAAAGAUACAAAGGAAAUUCCUGCACCUCAACCAAAACCACCUUCUGCGUUGGUCAACCCUUGGGGUCUCGAUACAGAUGAUUUGGCAGCACAGAUGCAAGCCUAUACACUACAAGAAAUUGGUCGUAGUAUUGCAGAAUCCAAGGCAGCAGAACCUAAACCAUCUGUACCAGUACAAUCCUCUUAUCGCAAAUCAACAUCUACUAGAUUCAAGCCCAAAGUACCAGCUUUACGCUAUAAGGAACGUCAUCCAGAGGAAAAUGUCAUGGAAGUUGACGACAAUCAAAUGUCUGGAGUUGAGACUGAUGGAGAUGUGGAUACUGAUUCAGAGUAUAUCAUUGAGACAUAUAUUCGUGUCCCGGCUGAAGAUAUCGAGAAUGAAGACAAUAAGAUUAAUUUUGGUAUUCUUGUGCUCGAUGCUCAAUCAGAUAUUGACGAGUUUUAUCAAGAUUGGGAUACGGAUGAAGAAGUAGAAGAUGAGGCAGAAGAAGAUGAGAAUGAUGAGAAUCACUACACCGCCGAUUACCCUGAUGCGGAAGUCGACUCGGACGAUGAGUACAAUAGAAAUGCUUAUGCAUAUCGUACUGGUAACGCUUCAGAUCUUGAGGAAUUCGACGAGGAUGAUAGUGAUGAAGAUGAAAUGGGAUUUAGUGAUGAUGAUACCGACAAGUUGAAAUAUCCAUGGCAGAGAGUUGCAGCUCAUGGACGAAGAAAUCAAAUUAAUCAAUUUGCGAGUGGUGAGGAGGAUGAGGAGGAUGAGGAUGAGGAUAUGGAGUAGGGAAAUGGGAAUUGGAUCGUUGAGGAAGGGAGAUAUGGAUACUCAAGGGCUGGUUGUGGUAAUGGGAGAGAUUUAAUGGGAAUAUGAAAGGAAGAUGAUAUUUAGGAUGUCUGGGGUAUCAUUGGGGUUGCAUUGAUUGUGCAGGAAAGCGAAAUGUUGAAUAGCAUGAAAUAAAGCUUGAUGAAAAGAUACCAUGUGGCAGAGGGAGCGAGAUAUGAUUCUAUGAGGAAGCAUACCUAGGCGAGAGAGGAUACCAAAACGAUGAAGGGUGUUCAAUAGAACAACUUUGCUGCAGUCCCAUGACUCAAAAUUUAUGAGAAUUCUACCCCUCUGACAUGUGAAAGAACGUU